AGAGCCUGUCACGUGACUCACCACACGCGACCUACACCUUUGAACAACAUACAGUACACGGAAAUUUUCGCAUUUGUUGUAUUAUUUCUUUUUAAUGGUCUUUUCUUCUGGGUACGGAUGUAAAGUUACUAAAAAUGAAGUGGACUAUCUGGAUAUUUGUCGCGACUAGCCUUAGCGCAGUGUCUUCAGAUGUUACAGAUUUCCCGCAGAAUCCAGAUGUGAAGUUUACUGGAGUCCACUCUCUGCACUAUACCUAUAGUGCUGUUUCUUCUGACCAGUAUAAACUCCCAACAUUUGUGGCCAUGGGCCUCAUUGAUGAUCGACAAAUUGAUUACUAUGACAGCAACACAAAACAAAAAGUUCCUAGACAAGCAUGGAUGAAAAAAAAUAUGAAUAAAGAAUAUUGGAAGAAGGGCACUUUGUCUCGCAAAAGCAAGGAGCAGUGGUUCAGUGUAAAUGUUGGUAUCUUGAAGUCGAGAAUUAAUAGUACCAAAGACCUUCAUGUUUUACAGUGGAUGCAUGGAUGUGAAGUUGACUUUGAUAAGGGAUCUGUGAAAGGAAUGGAUAUGUACAGUUAUGAUGGAAAAGAUUUUCUGUCUUUUGAUAAGGAAAAUAUGCAGUGGGUUGCCCCAGUUGAACCAGCACUUCAAACAAAGAUUAAAUGGGACAAAGAACAAAUCUUGAACCAAUAUACCAAGGGAUACCUAGAAAAUGAAUGUGUUGACUGGCUUAAAAAGUUUAUGAAUUAUUCAGUGGGAGAGACCACCAAGAGCAAUGUUCCUACUGUGAGCCUUUUUGGCAAGCGUAUGACUGAUAAGGUCAGAGUUACUUGCUUGGCAACUGGCUUUUAUCCCAGAGAUUUUAAGGUUUAUAUCACAAAGGAUGGGAAAACAAUCACCCCAGAGGAACAAGACCCUCUACCAAAUGAUGAUCACACCUUUCAGACUCGUAGAAACAUAGAUAUUAAUCCAGAUGACAAAAGCAAAUAUGCCUGUGAGGUGGUUCACAACACCCUGGAAAAAAAAAUAAUCGUACCAUGGGAUAGAACAAUAUUGAAUGAAAAUAAAGAAAAUAGAAUGAUUUGGGGCAUCAUGAGUGCCUGUAUACUUUUAUUUUUCUGUAUUAUGGCUUUUCUUGUUUGCAAAUACAGGCAGAAAACAGCACCUGAAACAUCAAGUGCUACUAGUAAUGGAAAUGCUACUUUGAAAGCAGAAAAUGGUGAAUCCAACAAUCCCUUGUUUACAGGACUGUCUGGCUAUCCAAAUGGACAUGUUGGAAUCUUGGUUACUAACUUGGGUGAAUGUAGUUCACUUUUGAAAACAGAAGAUGAUUUCAGCAAGUGUAGCCUGACUGGUUCUGCAGAUUCUGGGGUUGAUGUAAAAAUGAAAAUAGUGUCAGAAGACUGAUUCUUUCAUUGGGCUGUGAAUAAAAGUUGAUUUCUCAUGUUUGUCAUGUUUACCCAUUCCAUCAUUGGAGAUUCUCUGAAUCAGGCCUUUCUUCUUCCACCCAUUGAACUCUCAAAGAACAAAACUAUAGCCCUAUUUUAAUAAAAAUGUAGUUUUCCUGGUUCUUUUGUUAAGUUUGUUUUAGUUUAUUCUUAAACUGUCAUCUUUUUAAACAUUGUGCUUCAGACCUUGGGGUAGGUAAUGGUACAAUUAGUAGCCAUUACAGUUUUAUUUUUUUAUUUCUUCUUGUAACUUUUAUAAUCAGCAGUUGCUUCUGUUCUUAUUUGCAAUAUUUAAACACAUAUUUCUUGAGUAAAAAGCUACAGUAAAUUUCCCUCUUGGGACAAAUGAUCAAAAACAAAAUCACAACAAUUGUUCAAUGUGCUGUACCAUACCUUCUGACACAAAUCCAUAGUUGUGGUAUUCAAAAAAACAAUGGAAACACUUUCAAUUUUAAAGCAUAAUUAAAGAUACAGAAUCAUUGCCCUUUUACUUCUGAAGCCCUGUAUAUUUUUAAGGUAGCUGAUGUAUAUUUUUUUAUUGGUAUUCAAUUAAUGGAAUUUUCUUAGUAAAUAAAGAUAUUUCUGGUA